UUUUAGUCUCGAACGCGACAUAGAAUAGUGAGCAGUGAGCAGUGAACAGUGAACGUCUUGAAGUCUCUUCGACCAGUGCUUUGUGGAGGAAAAUUUUUGAAAAUUCAGAAUUCUAAUACUUGAAAUAAAUUAUUUUGUGUUUAAAUAAACAAAAAACAUUUCAGCAAAAAUGUCGAAAAACACUUAUAUUGUUGCUGUUUGUUUGGUCUUGGCGCUGUGCUUCAUGCACAGUGGUGAUGCCAUCAAAUGUUACAGGUGCAAAUCCUUCUCUGAUGCCAACUGUGCUAAAGAGAAGAUUGAACCGUCGAUGAACAUCAUGCAAGUUGAUUGUGAUUCCGAAGAGAAACCUCACACCAUGGAUCAAUAUCUGCCGGUUACAAAAUGCAAUAAGGUUGUCACAAGUGAUAAUGCUGGUUUAAUUGUGUCCCGUGGCUGUCACUUUGAAAUUGUUGGUCAGAAAAAGGACGAAUGUAGCGUGAGUCAUAGUCGCCAAAUUCAAAGCUGCCAUAUCUGCAAGGGAGAUCUCUGUAAUGCCUCGUCAGCUGGACGUUUCGUUGCUAUGGGAAUGGCGGCUCUUAUUGCUGUGGUCGGCAUGCAAUUUGUUCUAUAAGGAAAUUACAAUAUUUUUCAAUUAAUUUUAUGAUUUAUUUUUAUUUUUAUUUUUUGUUUUUUUUUCCGGAGAUUUUUUUU